CCUCAACUCCGUCCCCCACCCCCAACCCACCGCCCCGCACCACCAAUUCCGUCACCAGCGAUGUACUCUUCGCUCCACGCCGCCGACUCCGACUCCGACGAUUCCCUCCUCUCCGACGUAUCCGCCUCCCCGACUCGCCGGUGCUCACCAGCACCUCGCCCGGCACCGCCCAAGCACCGUCCCACGCCAGAUCCCACAUCCAAACCCAAACGCAAGCCCAAACCCAAGCCCAAGCCCGUACCCAGCUCUACCUCCGCCCCCGCCUCCGCCUCCGCCUCCGCCUCCGCCUCCGCCUCCGCGCCUCCGAUCCGCGCCGCCGCCCUCUCCGACCCGCACGGCCUCGCGGCGCGCAUCGCCCCGGGGUCAGCGCUCACCGCCAGCGCCAGCACAGUCUCCUUCUCCUCCUUCCGCCGCCUCGUCCAGUCUCGCAACCUCUCAUUCGAACCAGCCGCCGCAUUCUCGAACCCCGGCCCCGCGCCCGAGCUCGAGCCUGAGCCUGAGUCCGAGCCCGCGGAGAUACCAAGCGCCGAGCCGUCCCCGCCCCCGGCAGCCACCCACCCGCCGCCGCAGCUCAGGCCCAAGCGGGUGCACCCCAACUCGGUGUCGGAGGCCCCUGCCGCCGCGGCCGAACAGCCGAAGCGGCCGAGAGGGGACCCCGGCAACUUCGUUCGGCUCAACAUCAAUGGGUACGGCCGGAAGAAGUCGUUCAAGUCGCAGGCCAGGCGCCCGACGAAAUACCGCUCCUGGAAGCGGCAGCAGCCCGGCGGUGGAAAGCCCCGGGCAGGUGCCGAUGAGGAAGGGGAUUUCGUAGCGGAGGCGCUCCUCGAGCGGGAGAAGAAUUCGGCGGCAGGUGAUGACGGUGUUCUCAAGGUUGUUGAGGUAGCCAGAGAGGACCCGUCCGAGCAGAAUCUCGAGGGUUUGCUCAGGAAGGUGUUUGGUUAUGAUUCGUUCCGCGAGGGUCAGCUUGAGGCCAUCCAGAAUGUAGUUGCAGGGGAGUCGACGGUGCUUGUGCUGCCCACCGGCGCGGGCAAGUCACUGUGCUAUCAGUUGCCCGCUAUGAUUUUGCCUGGAUUGACGCUGGUGGUGAGCCCAUUGCUGUCCUUGAUGGUUGAUCAAUUGAGGAAGCUCCCUGCAUUUCUCCCAGGAGGCCUUCUUGCGAGUAGUCAGACGAGUGAUGAGUUUCAUGGAACAUUGCGGCUGUUGCGUGCAGGGGAAAUAAAGGUUCUUUUUGUUUCCCCUGAGAGAUUCUUGAAUGAAGAAUUUCUGCAGAUAUUCGGGGACACACUCCCAAUAUCUCUUGUGGUCAUUGAUGAAGCCCAUUGCAUUUCUGAAUGGUCUCAUAAUUUUAGACCUUCAUAUCUAAGGCUUCGAGCAUCACUACUUCGGAGAAAGCUUAAUAUUCAAUGUAUUCUUGCAAUGACUGCAACUGCAACAACUCAAACCUUGCAGGAGAUAGUUAAUGCCUUAGAAAUUCCAUCUGGUAAUCUCAUCCAGACAUCUCAAAUUAGGGAAAAUCUAAAGCUGUCUAUCAGCAUGAGUGAUAACAGGCUGAAGGAUUUAAUGUUGCUAUUAAAUCCCCCUUUUGUCAAUAUGAGAAGUAUUAUCGUCUAUUGCAAAUUUCAGACAGAAACGGAUUAUGUUUGUAAGCACUUGUGUGAUAACAACAUUAAUGCCAAGAGCUACCAUAGUGGACUUUUGAUGAAAAAGAGGAGCCGGGUACAGGAGCUGUUCUGCUCUAACAAAAUAAGAGUGGUUGUUGCAACUGUGGCGUUUGGCAUGGGUCUUGAUAAGAGUGAUGUCGAAGGGGUGAUCCACUAUAGGUUGCCAGAAAGCCUUGAAGAGUACAUACAGGAAACUGGACGUGCUGGAAGGGAUGGACGGUUAUCACACUGUCACCUUCUUUUUGAUUCAACAACAUUCUAUAAGAUUCGCAGUCUUUCACACAGCGAUGGCAUUGAUGAAUAUGCAAUGAGCAAAUUUCUUAACCAGAUAUUCUCCUCCGGCAACACGAUGGGGUGCAUCUGUUCCUUCCCUAAAGAGUCUACUUCACGCAAGUUUGAUAUAAAAGAAGAGGUGCUUUUAACAGUCCUCACACAGCUGGAAAUUGGCGAGGAGCAAUAUCUCCAUUUACUUCCUCAGUUCAGUGUUACCUGCACACUGUAUUUUCACAAGACAUCACCGCAACUGCUUGCUGACAAGGAUAUACUACUUAGAUCAAUUCUAAAUAAGUCUGAAAUGAAGGAUGGCAGUUAUGUCUUCGAAGUACCAAGAGUAGCUAAUGAUAUGAGGAUCACAAUGAAUGAAGUGUUUGAUCGUUUGCAAAAGCUAAAGUUUUCAGGAGAACUAUCUUAUGAAUUGAAAGACCCAGCCUACUGUUAUAUGAUCUUAAAAAGGCCAGAUGACUUGAACGCUCUUUCAGCAAAUCUCACAAAAUGGCUUUCUGAAGUAGAAAACUCAAAGAUCAGGAAACUAGACGCUAUGUUUGCUCUCGCGUACUAUGCUGUCAAAGGUUGUAAAAAGACAGAUGGCUGUUCUGGUUCUGAGCACACCCCAUGCAUCCAGAAGAGGAUUAUAGACUACUUCAGCAAGAAGGAAGGCACACCAGACGAUGAUUACUGUACUCCCCUCCGCAAGAGCAGCACGUUCUUGCAGUCUGAUAUAAAGGUAUUCCUCCAGAGCAAUUCGUUUGCCAAAUUCACCCCGAGGGCCGUCGCGAGGAUUAUGCACGGCAUCUCCAGCCCGGCUUUUCCAGCUGCUACCUGGGCCAAAAACCACUUCUGGGGACGCUAUAUGGAGGUUGAUUUUCCAGUGGUCAUAGAAGCCGCCAAAGCAGAGCUAGUUAAAUUCGUUGGAAAGGGUGAAUAAUGCUACAAGCAAGCAAUCAGAACCGUUGUCUAAGAGUUAAGUUUGAAACCAGGAACCGGAUAGAAAUAUAACCAGAGAGAAGAGGCUCUUGGAAAAAAGAAGUGUUUGCAGCAGAGGGGACAGCGUUCGCGUCGGUGUGAAGUAUCUGUGCAAGCAAACCACGCGGGCCUUUCACUCAAGCUGUCUAUGUAAGAUAGCGGGUCAGCCAGGAUCAAGAGGCUUAAGCAGAGACAUUGUUGUGAAGGAGACGUGAGACAUUUCCUGAUUAAAGAAACAAAGAGAAACCAGUGAUAUACUAGGUCGAUAGAUGAGAGGGUUGCUGUGUUAUGCUUAUAUAUGCUCCCUACAGUGUCAAAAAAAAACAUCAUAUAUUAUGUCACGGAGGGAGUACGCCUUAGUAAUAAUCUGAUGUAAAACUAACUUGUAAACCAAAUAGCGUCAAAUUUGUAUCCACCAACAAGUGUUAUUAAUAUAUAUGGUCACUGGCUUGAUGGAA